UGCCGCUGCCGCCGCCUCUGGGCCCGCCCGCCGGGGAGGGGCUCCCGGCCUCGCCAGCAGCUGCUUCCUGCUUUCCGCACGUCCUCGCCGCCGGUCCGGUCCUGCGAUCCCCGGCCGAGAGCCACAAGCCCGCCGCCGCCGCCGCCGCCGCGCCCUCCCGUCCCCCGCCCGCGCCCCAGCCUCGCCCUGCGGCCCACUCGCCAGCUCCCUGGACCCCGCGUCCCCAAGUCGCCCCCGCGCACCCCGGCCAUGCUGUCCUUCCAGUACCCCGACGUGUACCGGGACGAGACCGCCGUACAGGAUUAUCAUGGGCAUAAAAUCUGUGACCCUUACGCUUGGCUGGAAGACCCAGACAGUGAGCAGACGAAGGCUUUUGUGGAGGCCCAGAACAAGAUCACUGUGCCAUUUCUUGAGCAGUGCCCUAUCAGGGGUUUAUACAAAGAGAGAAUGACUGAACUGUAUGACUACCCCAAGUACAGUUGCCACUUCAAGAAAGGAAAAAGGUAUUUCUAUUUUUACAAUUCAGGUUUACAGAACCAGCGAGUAUUGUAUGUACAGGAUUCCUUAGAGGGCGAAGCCAGAGUGUUCCUCGACCCCAACAUGCUCUCCGAUGACGGCACGGUGGCGCUCCGAGGCUAUGCAUUCAGUGAAGAUGGUGAAUAUUUUGCCUAUGGUCUCAGUGCCAGCGGCUCAGACUGGGUGACGAUCAAGUUCAUGAAAGUCGAUGGUGCCAAAGAGCUUCCAGAUGUGCUGGAAAGAGUCAAGUUCAGCUGUAUGGCCUGGACCCAUGACGGGAAGGGAAUGUUCUACAACGCAUACCCACAACAGGAUGGAAAAAGCGAUGGCACAGAGACAUCCACCAAUCUCCACCAAAAGCUGUGCUACCAUGUCUUGGGGACUGAUCAGUCAGAAGAUAUUCUGUGUGCUGAGUUUCCUGAUGAGCCCAAGUGGAUGGGUGGAGCUGAGUUAUCCGACGAUGGUCGCUAUGUCUUGCUGUCAAUAAGGGAGGGAUGUGACCCAGUAAACCGACUCUGGUACUGUGACCUCCAGCAGGAAUCCAACGGCAUCACUGGAAUCCUCAAGUGGGUAAAACUGAUCGACAACUUCGAAGGAGAGUACGACUACGUGACCAACGAGGGCACGGUGUUCACAUUCAAGACGAACCGCCAUUCUCCCAACUACCGCCUCAUCAACAUUGACUUCACGGAUCCUGAGGAGUCCAAGUGGAAGGUGCUUGUUCCUGAGCAUGAGAAAGACGUCUUAGAGUGGGUAGCUUGCGUCAGGUCCAACUUUUUGGUGUUAUGCUACCUCCACGACGUGAAGAACGUCCUGCAGCUGCACGACCUGGCCACCGGUGCUCUCCUCAAGACCUUCCCGCUGGAGGUGGGCAGCGUCGUGGGCUACAGCGGUCAGAAGAAGGACACUGAAAUCUUCUAUCAGUUUACUUCCUUCUUAUCUCCAGGUAUCAUUUAUCACUGUGAUCUUACCAAAGAGGAACUGGAGCCAAGAGUCUUCCGAGAGGUGACCGUGAAGGGAAUCGAUGCUUCCGAUUACCAGACGAUCCAGAUUUUCUACCCCAGCAAGGAUGGUACAAAGAUUCCAAUGUUUAUCGUGCAUAAAAAGGGCAUAAAAUUGGAUGGCUCUCACCCUGCUUUCUUAUACGGCUACGGCGGCUUCAACAUAUCCAUCACCCCCAACUACAGUGUGUCCAGGCUCAUCUUUGUGAGACACAUGGGUGGUGUCCUUGCGGUGGCCAACAUCAGAGGAGGUGGCGAAUAUGGAGAGACAUGGCAUAAAGGUGGUAUCCUGGCCAACAAACAAAACUGCUUUGAUGACUUUCAGUGUGCUGCUGAAUAUCUUAUCAAGGAAGGUUACACGUCUCCCAAGAGGCUGACUAUUAACGGAGGUUCAAAUGGAGGCCUCUUAGUAGCUGCUUGUGCAAAUCAGCGUCCUGACCUCUUUGGUUGUGUUAUUGCCCAAGUGGGUGUAAUGGACAUGCUGAAGUUCCAUAAAUAUACCAUUGGUCACGCCUGGACCACCGAUUACGGGUGCUCGGACAGCAAACAGCACUUUGAAUGGCUCAUCAGAUACUCUCCAUUGCACAACGUGAAGUUACCAGAGGCCGACGACACCCAGUACCCGUCCAUGCUUCUGCUCACUGCCGACCACGACGACCGCGUGGUCCCGCUCCACUCCCUGAAGUUCAUUGCCACCCUUCAGUACAUCGUGGGCCGCAGCCGGAAGCAGAACAACCCCCUGCUCAUCCACGUGGACACCAAGGCGGGCCACGGGGCCGGGAAGCCCACGGCCAAAGUGAUAGAAGAAGUGUCCGACAUGUUCGCGUUCAUAGCGCGGUGCCUGAACAUCGACUGGAUUCAGUAACCGGCUCGGCCCACCCUCCUCCAGCCGCAAGACCUCCAGGGCUUUCACGCCGUUAAAGCCGAGAAACCGCUGGGCACGACGCUUCCCCACACGAACACUUCCUGCCCUCGUGGACUGCAGUCGAACAGAACUGCUGCGGGCAUUUUAUCUUUUCUAGGCUUCUCCUUUUUAGCAGGCCUUUGGCGUUUCUUUUUCCACCCUGUGCAGGCACAUGUUUUAAAAAAGGAAAAAAAUGGCAUGUUUGGGUAAAUAGCUAAGUGGCAGCCAACACAUUGUGGGUAUUAGAUGGCUGGGUUGAGUCGUGGUCAGGCAUCCUUCAUCUAAAGCAGCUCAGUGAAAUGUGCUUCUAUAACCAUAACCAGGAUAUCUUUAAAUGAAUGUGAGAACUGUUCUCAUGAAAAAGACUUCUUUGCAACAAUAAUAAAUGUUAUUUAAGAGUGGGAGGCUUUAUCUCCAGUUCCUCUGUGUUGAGGGGCAAGCCCAGAGUGCAGGCCUUCUGGGUCACGUCCCUUUCCGGUGGGAAUAAGCACUUUGCUUUCCACACAAGUUGGUUUCCAAACAGUGAAGUCAGAGGAUGUUCGUGCUGUGAAGAGGGGGGUGCGUCCACACCAGCUCCCUCCUUUGUGGCUGAUUAGACAUAUUAACCGCCUGGUCAGCUGAUACUUUCACCCAGGGCUCUUCUGGUUUGGAUGCCCCCUAAAAAUCAAUGGACCUGAAACUUCAGAUUUUUCACCUAUUUGUCUCUCAGUUUGGUGACAGAGUAUUCCUGAAAUCAGAGUGCCUAGGAUAUAAAACUAAGAGACCAUGUGAGUGAACUCUCCAAACUUACCUUCCAGUCAGGAAUUUCAGCAUUUGCCAAGCUGUUCUUCCCCUCCACAAACCACUGCCUGGGUGUAGAAAUAGUCAUGCUUUAAAAACAGUUUUGGUGUCUCCCUCGCCUUAAAUCCUUCAGAAGAGGAUAUAUCAUUGCUCAAACUAUUGUCCAUUUAAAAAAAUUAAAGCAUGUAUUUUAACAGCUCAUGAAAUACUGUUCCUCUGGGCAACAGUUUGGGGAAUGCCAAUCUAAUUUAUGAGAAGAAAACAGUUUCUUUGUCUUUCUUCAUCAGAUAUCACAAAAAUAAUUACUAUUUUGUAUAAAGUAGUUAAACCUUAAAAAAAAUUGUUUAAAAGGUUUCUUCAUUACUCUGAUAGCUUGUUCUUUUCUAGGUAAUUAAGUGCUAUUUUCCAAAUCAUCCAUAUUUGUGCUUUUCUUUAGAUCUCUACCUUUCAAACUGUGGUCUAAAAUCAGACACACUAUUUUUUAUCAAGCGUAUCACUAUAUAAAAGCACAAACAUGGUUUGGCUUUUCUCGAGUCAUGUUUUCAAUUGCUGUUGGUUUAAAUAAGCACUGUAUCUAAUGCAGUUGUCAUCAGACAUAGGGUUCAUUAUAAGCCCCCUCCCCAACCCCCAGAGAAAAGUGAGCCAGUAGCUAGCAGAGUGCUUACAGAGGCUGACAUCACCACCAUCUGCCCAGAGAGGUGCUAACACUAACUGCCGUGUAACUGCUGACCAGCAGGGCAGAAAAAGAAAUGUAUUUGCACAGACAGUCGAAAGGCAGCCCCUAUGCUAGAUGGGCUGGGUCAUUCAAGGUGCAGGCAGCUGAGUUGUACCCAUUCAGUCCAGAGCAUUUUCAUGUUUGCACAGAAUCCAGCCAUACCUUCCCCCUGAGGUCUCCCACUUAACAGCAGGAAGUGGAAGCACUGUGUAUAGAGUCUAGGCUUCCAGGGAAGUCAGUCAGGCCCGGGUUCUGAUCCCAACUCUGUAACCUAGUACCUGGUGACCAUGAGGAAUAAACAAUAUACUUAGAA